AUGGCGACCAAAGCAAUGAUUCCGUUCCUGGUCACGAUGAUGCUCGUGACCGGUGUCUGCAAUACUAUCCUCAACAAGUACCAGGAUAUGCAAUGUGUGCGAAACUGUGACUCUCCGGAUCCUAGCGAUCGCCAUCUCUUUGAGCAGCCUGUUAUUCAAACGAUUCAGAUGUUCAUUGGAGAAAUGGGUAGCUGGCUCGUGGUCCUACUCUCAUAUAUUUACCAAACAUUCAUCUCGCCGCGCUUUUCGAAUCAAUCUUCUCCCCUUUUAGUCGGUGGCUAUCACCCUGUCGCGGGCAAUGAUGGCGUCGAUGAUGCGGUCGAGGAUAAUGCAGUUGAGGGGGAUGAGUUCUCCAAUGACCCUACAAAGCCUGCGCACGCGCAUGACGGGCGUAUACGGCUACAUGGCCGGAAGAUCUUUCUCCUUGCUGCACCAGCAUGCUGUGACAUUGCAGGCACUACCCUUAUGAACGUCGGUCUGCUCUUUGUUGCAGCAAGCAUUUACCAAAUGACGCGUGGUGCGUUGGUACUCUUCGUUGGGCUCUUCAGUGUUCUGUUUCUCCACCGAAAACUCUAUCUUUAUCAAUGGAUUGCACUUUUCGUGGUAGUCCUGGGAGUUGCACUGGUAGGCCUUGCAGGUGCCCUCUUUGGUGACAGCCAGAACCACGAUAUCACACGAGAGGAUGCCAUGGCAGCUGUAGCACACAUCUCGAUGCAAGCCCGCGCUCUUGCAAAGACCCCUGAAGCAGUUCAGGCGAUCAUCGGUGUUCUCCUUAUUGCCGCUGCCCAGAUCUUUACUGCUUCGCAAUUCGUUCUGGAAGAAUGGAUCUUGGAACACUAUGCUAUGGACCCUAUCCAAGUUGUUGGCUGGGAAGGUGUUUUCGGCUUUUCUGUAACUGUCAUCGGAUCGAUCAUCUUAUAUUUGUUCGUAGGCCGCACGGAAGCUGGCCGCUAUGGAUACUUUGAUGUUAAGGAAGGAUGGCAUCAGAUAUUUAGUAACAGAGCUAUCACUAUCUCCAGUGUCCUGAUUAUGAUCAGUAUUGGUGGCUUCAAUUUCUUCGGUCUCUCCGUUACCCGGUCCGUGUCCGCUACAUCCCGUAGCACGAUUGACACUUGCCGAACACUCUUCAUUUGGCUCGUCUCAUUGGCGCUCGGAUGGGAAUCCUUCAAAUGGCUUCAGGUCGCCGGGUUCGCAUUACUCGUGUAUGGAACCUUCCUUUUUAACGACAUUGUACGCCCGCCGCUCAAGGCAUGUCUUCCUCAUGAAGUGAGGGAGAGAGAAUUGCUACUGCCAGAGGAGCCGAUCGAGCAUAUCUAA